CGGACGAUCCGCCCGUUCCACUUCCGCUCCGCUCGGCGCCUCCCGCCGGCCCGGGGGUGCUGGCGGCGGCCUGGCCCCCCUCGGCCCCGGGACUCUCGGUUUCCUUCAUUCCCUGCCAGCAUGGAGUUCGCCGAGCUGAUCAAGACUCCCCGGGCGGACAACGCCGUCCUGCACCGGCCCUUCCACCCUACCGUGGAGGGAACGCUGUGCCUCACCGGGCACCACCUCAUCUUCUCCUCUCGGCGCCAGGAUAACGAGGAGGAGCUGUGGCUGCUGCACUCCAAUAUCGACUGCAUUGAGAAAAGGUUUCUGGGCUCAUUGGGGACCAUCAUUAUCAAAUGCAAAGAUCUGCGAAUUAUUCAGCUGGAUAUUCCUGGAAUGGAGGAGUGUCUGAACAUUGCUAGCUCUAUUGAGGCACUUUCUACGUUGGAUUCUGUCACUCUUAUGUACCCGUUCUUCUACCGGCCCAUGUUUGAAAUUGUUGAAGAUGGAUGGAGUGCUUUUCUGCCUGAGAAAGAGUUUGAAGUCCUCAUGUCAGUGACAGAUCAAUGGCGUCUAAGCUACAUCAAUAAGGACUUCUCCAUCUGCCCUUCCUACCCUCCAGUGGUUAUUGUCCCCAGAUCCAUCAAUGAUGAAACACUUCAGAAGGUUGCAGCGUAUCGCCACGGCGGUCGCUUCCCAGUCCUCAGCUAUUACCAUAAGAAGAACGGCAUGGUCAUGAUGCGAAGCAGCCAGCCUCUGACAGGUACAAAUGGGAGACGCUGUAAAGAAGAUGAGAAACUUGUUAAUGCCACUCUUCGUCCUGGGAAGCGUGGGUACAUCAUUGACACGAGGUCCCUGAAUGCUGCCCAGCAGGCCAGGGCCAAAGGAGGAGGCUUUGAACAAGAAGUGUAUUAUCCCCAGUGGAGGAGGAUUCACAGGUGCAUUGAGAGGUUUAAUAUUCUGCAGGAAAGCCUCAUCAAACUCGUAGAAGCUUGCAAUGACCAGUCACACAACAUGGACCGCUGGCUCAGUAAACUGGAAGCUUCCAACUGGAUGACUUACAUCAAGGAGAUACUCACUGCAGCUUGCCUAGCUGCUCAGUGUAUUGAUAGGGAAGGUGCAUCAGUGUUGGUUCAUGGGACUGAAGGAACUGAUUCAACACUCCAGGUAACUUCUCUGGCACAGAUUAUCUUGGAUCCAGACUGCAGGACCAUACAAGGCUUUGAAUCUCUUCUUGUCAGGGAGUGGCUACAGGCUGGUCACCCUUUUCAGCAGCGCUGCGCCCAAUCAGCCUACUCAAAUAGCAAGCAGAAAUUGGAGGCCCCAGUGUUUCUUCUCUUUUUGGACUGUGUAUGGCAAAUCCUUCAUCAAUUUCCUUGCUCUUUUGAAUUCAAUGAACACUUCCUUAUUACACUCUUUGAGCACGCCUAUGCUUCACAAUUUGGGACUUUCCUGGGAAACAACGAAAACGAAAGGUCUAAACUGAAGCUGCAGCAGAAGACUAUGUCCCUGUGGUCCUGGGUGAACCAGCCUGAAGAGCUGAAAAAUUUCCAGAAUCCUCUUUUUGAGGCCAACAGCCUUGUCAUCUGGCCCUCUGUGGCCCCACAGAGCCUGCAGCUCUGGGAAGGUAUAUUCCUGCGAUGGAACAGGCCUUCCAGAUACCUAGAUGAAGCUGAGGAAGAAAUGAAGAGGAUUAUAGACUACAACAGGUUUCUUCAGGAUAAGGUUAACUCAAUGAGGAAGCAGAUGAUGCAGACAGAAACAGAGGACAGGAUGGACAAGGUGGACGAGGUGGACGAGGUGGACAAGGUGGACGAGAUGGACAAGGUGGACAAGGUGGAGGAGGUGGACAAGGUGGAGGAGGUGGACAAGGUGGAUGAGAUGGACAAGGUGGAUGAGAUGGACAAGGUGGACAAGGUGGAGGAGGUGGACAAGGUGGAGGAGGUAGACAAGGUGGAUGAAGUAGACAAGGUGGACAAGGUGGAUGAGGUGAACAAGGUGGAUGAGGUGGACAAGGUGGAGGAGGUGGACAAGGUGGAGGAGGUAGACAAGGUGGAUGAAGUAGACAAGGUGGACAAGGUGGAGGAGGUGAACAAGGUGGAUGAGGUGGACAAGGUGGAUGAGAUGGACAAGGUGGAUGAGGUGGACAAGGUGGAUGAGGUGGACAAGGUGGAUGAAGUAGACAAGGUGGAUGAGGUGGAUGAGGUGGAUGAGGUGGACAAAGUGGAUGAGGUAGACAAGGUGGAUGAGGUAGACAAGGUGCAGGAGAACCCGUGAGCUGCCAGGGCUUUGCCUCAGGUCUUUCUUUUCCAGUUCCUUUUAGGUUAAAGAUUAAACGUGGAAAGUGCAUGUAUUGCAGAGUCCUCUGGUACAGCUGACCCUCAGUCCUCCACCUCUGAAACCUUCACUUCACACAAUGUACCUCCCUGCUUUUGGGGAGGGAAUUUUCUUUUGUUUACAGAAGGUACAACUGGGCAUAGUUUCCUCUCCUGGCAGCUUUCUUGUCUCUUACUUGUGCAGUGUCAGCAAAAGCUGGAACUCUUUCCUCCACCCAGCUGUAUGGAUGACCAUGAUGGGCCAAGAGAUGAAAUGUUACAGAUUUAUUUUGGACUUUGAUCUUUUUUAUUUUAUUUUUGCUGAACUUUCUAAACAUUCUUUGCGGGAUUAAAAGACAAAGUUAUGUAUAGAUGGGUUAAAGGCAUUCUAUCUGAGAGCACCUUUUCUCCUCAAGUAGUUAGGGCAGCUUAGUUCCUUAGUUUCCUAGAAAGGUUAUAAUCUAACUACAAGACCAACCAGUCCAAACAGUGCUUUCAGUAGCCUUCACAUCUCAGACUUGGGGGUUUUCUGGUUUGGGAGCAGUAGGUUACAUACCAGGUAAGAAAUUUCAGUGCAAUACAGAACUGAAUAGGGGUUCUGCUGCUAAUGUUUAAGCUAUGACCUUCAGGUGGAGUUGUUCCUCAUGGACAAGUAACUCCUAAGGAAUAAAAAAUAUUUUUUAUUCUACCUGGAAAACAAAAAGGUGGUGAUUGCUGGAGGUGUGUUCACUUGCUGAGCAAAGCAAGGGACUUGGAGCUGUCCUCUUCAGAGCCACACUACCCUCUUGAACUUCUGUUUCUAUACAUUUGAAUAGGUGCACAAGCAGCACUUAAUUUACUGCUCAGCAAAACAUUAGUGCUCCAUUUUGUUUCUUCUCUCAUGCUCUUCCUGUGUGCUUUGUCAAACAUCCAAAGCUAAAGCUGAGAGUUGGCGUGAUCCAGCAUACCAGGUAUGUUGCAGAUGGGAAGGCUGUCACAUUACAGAAGUGUUAACAGCAGCUGCAAAUGACUUACACUAAAACUGUUCAAAGAUGCUAGAGAAGAUUUUCUUCCAAAUCAGUUCAUUUUGUAGUUAUUUGUCUCUGUGGCUGUAAUCUGCUAUUUUGUAAGGCUAUUCUCUUUUUUCUAAGUCUCUUUCUCCUUCAGAUAACAAUGGUGUGGUGCAUUAACUCAUGUUGGUGUUUGUCCAGCUAGGUUUCACUGAUAGCUACCCAUAACUGAGGAGACUUGAAAUCAAGCAGUGCAUGUGGCUGGGAUUACUGUAAGCUGCUCACUGUAGCCUGUUGCUGCUGAAACCAGUGCAGCUGCAUGAGGUCAAUCUUGACCUCUUCGAAAAGUGUUGAAUUCAAGUGUCAUUUUUUUGAUGCUUUGGAUUGAAGCUGCCUUUGCUUAAAAGCCACUUAGCAUGAGGAUAUGAAAAUAGAGGCUCCUUAGUUGUCUUGGGAGUAUCUGGAGAGCAGCCUUCUGUGUAACACCUAAAGAUGCCUUUUUAAAAGGUGUUCCAUAAUGAAGGAGACUGAUAUUAAGCACUACCUUAAUGCCUUUUGCUUCAGUCCAUAUCUCCUUAAUUUUCUUCUUGAGUAGCCUAAACUUCUAAGUCCUGUGGCUCAAACACUUCAUGGUAAUAUCUGUUUCUUCCUACUCUCGUAGAGCAAACUUGUUCCCAAGAUUACAGCUGACAUAGGGAACACUUGUAUUUAUCAGAGUGGCUGAUGACCUGUAGCACACAACAAGGGAGAUGCAAGCUGGCCAUGCCUUUCUUCCAUUUCCAGGCUCUGGAUUUUUGGAGCUGCCUGCUUAUAUUGCAAACCAAAGCCCUGAAUAUUACUGCUCACCCUUCAGAGCUAUGGCUGUGCUGUCUGCAGCUGCCUGGAUGUUGUACUCCCAUCCCAUUCAGAACUUCUGCUGUUGCUGUAUGUCCAAAACACAUCAUGAGUCAGACGAGAAGGAUUUGAAAGGGACUGUUUUCCCCAUAAUAGGCUGUACAUAAAACACACUUAAAGGUUAUGCAAUUUCCUAACAUAGUAAUUAUAUAUUGAGCUAAAUAAUAGAGAAGCAAAGAAGGCUGUUCUCUUUUCUUUUUUGAUGUAAUUGCUUGGCUGCUGUAGUCUCUUAUCUCUUACAGAAACUGCAGGCAUCUGGGGAGAUGGCAUGGAUUUGCAGUCUUCAUGUGAAAAUGACACAGUCAUUGUGAGCAGUGGCAGCAGGUGGUUCUUUUAUUCCUCCCCCCCCCCAGUUCUUCUGCAAAUAGUCCCCUUUGUGCAGUGUUACAGUACUGCUGGGUGCUGUGUGGUAGAGCUCACCCAACGUGUGGACCCCACGCAUCCUCCAGGGAAAACAAACAGUUCUCAGAUGUCUCAUGGCACCUGCAGUUCUUUUCACCUUUCCAUUCCAGUGCUUCCCAGACUGUGGAGCACUCCAGCUGUUUGCUAGCUUAUGUCUAUCACACUUCUUCCCUUGCUUUGAUCAGCUUGCUUCCUCUGAGCCUGCAGGGCUCACCCCGUGGAGUUAACCACACUCUGCUGUAUCUUCCCAGGCUGUGAGUGUGAUGCUGCUUUGCACAGCUGCUGGGAUGCCCUUCUGUUCCUUAGCAUAUAGUCUUUGUGGGCCCUUCCCCCGGGCUCACUCAGUGCAGACACGCUGCCAUUAACCAAAAGAAAAAGGGAAAAGGAAUCAAACUUGCACAAGUUUUCACAAAGACAAAGGGAAAUAUGUACCUUCAAUAUUUUGAUUGUAUUGAUUCUAACUCUUGAAUGUGGAGACCUGUUGAAGUGCACUGUUGUCCACGUUGCGUGCAACGGAACUGAAAUUGCACUGUACAGCAUGCUGGCUUCUCACUGUGCUUUGCUAAAGCCUUGGAAGGUGCUGUCAUGUACAGGUUCCUGUACAAGGGAAAAUGUUUGUAAUAGCACUCAUUUCAUGUAACUGUGACACUGAAUAGCACUGCUUGAUGUGUGCUGUCUAUCUGUCAGGCCGUGCAGACUGAAGUGAUGAGUGCACUUCUGUCUCAACAUCUGGAAUUUGCUAAUUGGACUCAGCUGCUGCAUCAAUCUUCAUUUGAAAACUAAAUAUCAGGGCUGGGAGCUGUGUGCUGUUGUUAGAUGUAUGCUGAACGUGUACAGAAUCCUGGCUGCUGUGGCGUUGAAUAUACUGAAUAUAACAAAUCCGAGGGAAGAAAAAUUGACUGUGGUUGAAAUGGCUCAGCCAUUAGAGGGGGGAGAAACAGACACAAAAUGGCUGUAAGCUUCACUGUAGAUAUGUUGAGAAGAUAAUAGAAUUGUCUGUUCAAAUUAAAAUGUUCCAAUUAAAA